UCUUUUUUUUCCUUUCUUUUUAUUCGUUCAACCUUUCUCCACACACGCACACUUGUUCUUCUCUCUUUCUCUCCCCCUUUCUUAUCUCUUUCUUUUAUAUAUCUCCACCCCUUACAUUGUGCGAUGCCAAACGUCUUGUCCACUUUGGCGGGGUCGCAAUGGGGUCCUAUGCUGAAACAAUGGGCACGGACGUACAUGACCCACAGAGAUUCCGUGCGGCGGGGCCUUGUUCUUUUAUUCCUUGUGCGUACAUUUUUGACUGUCAGACAAGUCGUGCGACGGUUCCAGCGAGAACAAAAGCGACCAAGCAAACCAAAGCUUACGACUACAGAAGACAAGCCAGCCAGAAAGCGCAAAGUUGAGGUGGAUAUGACGUUUCUCAAACAAAUCCAACGGCUACUAUCUAUCGUCAUGCCAGGGCUUCGAUCCAAAGAAUUCUUCAUGCUGGUCAUUCAUUCAGGUUUUCUAGUCUUCCGAACAAUCUUGUCGGUCUACAUCGCCUCUUUGGACGGUCGUAUCGUAAGCGCUCUUGUCCGUGGCAAGAUGCGGGAGUUUGCGAUGGGCAUUGGCUGGUGGAUGUUGGUGGCUGUACCAGCGACAUAUACCAAUAGCAUGUUAUCGUACAUGCAAAGCAAACUCUCGUUGGCUUUCCGCACACGGUUGACGCACUUCAUCCACAAGCAAUACAUGAGCGACAUGACCUUCUACGCCGCAGGCAACCUCGACGAUCGUAUCAAGAAUGCCGAUCAAUGCAUCACUGUCGACACAACCAAAUUCAGCAACUCACUAGCAGAACUCUACUCCAACCUGGCCAAACCCAUCCUUGACGUCUUUAUUUACAACUACCAAUUGACACGUGGUGUCGGUUUCGAAGGUGUCUUAAUAGGCACGAUCAUCAUCAACCUGUCCUCAGGUACCAUGCGUCGCUACACCCCCUCAUUUGGCAAGAUGGUGGCAGAAGAACAACGAUUGGAAGGCGAGUUCCGAUUCGGCCAUUCACGGCUGAUUGAAAAUGCCGAAGAAAUCGCCCUGUAUGAAGGCCAAAAGGUGGAAAAGAGCGCAUUGGACCGAUCCUACUAUGCCUUGAUCAAACACGUCAACCGCGUCUUCAGACUGCGCGUACCUCACGGCAUGCUUGAAGACUUUGUCAUUAAAUACUUUUGGGGCGCAUGCGGUCUCGUCUUGUGCUCUGUGCCUGUCUUUUUUAAAGUCCCCGGCUUGUCCAGUACCGAUAUUGGCGGCCGUACCGAAGGCUUUGUGACCAACCGUCGGUUGUUGAUGAGCUCAUCCGAUGCGGUCGGUCGUAUUAUGUAUGCUUACAAGGAAGUGACAGAAUUGGCUGGAUACACAAGCCGUGUGACAGACUUGCUCGAUGUGUUUGAAGACGUCAAGGCCGGUCGCUACCAGAAGCGACUGGUGUCGUCUGCAUCCACCGAAAACAAUGCAAAGCAAUUGGAGGGUCGUGGCAAGAUUGAGCAGAGCGAGAACAUUGAAUUCAUUGAUGUGCCUAUCAUCAGUCCCAACGGUGAUGUUCUUGUCCCUCAGCUUAGUUUCCACGUCAAGCCUGGUAUGCACUUGUUGAUCGUUGGACCUAAUGGAUGUGGCAAAUCGUCCUUGUUCCGUAUUCUGGGAGGUCUGUGGCCUGUCUAUGGCGGUACCCUGCACAAACCCCACCAUCGCGAUAUCUUUUAUAUUCCCCAGCGACCCUACCUCUCUCUGGGUACUUUGAGAGACCAGAUUCUCUACCCGGAUACCAUUGAAGACAUGAAGCGUCGAAAUGUAACCGAUAAUGAUCUGCUUGAGAUCCUCAAGGUGGUUCAAAUUCAACACAUUGUCGAACGUGAAGGUGGAUGGGAUACUGAGAAAGAAUGGGCUAUUGCGUUGUCCGGUGGUGAUAAACAACGUAUCGCCAUGGCACGAUUAUUCUACCAUUCCCCUCGUUACGCUAUUUUGGAUGAGUGCACAAGCGCUGUGAGCAUGGAUAUUGAAAAGAUCAUGUACACACACGCAACAGCACUUGGCAUUUCCUUGUUGACUGUGUCGCAUCGUCCAUCCCUGUGGCAAUACCACAACUUUAUCUUACAAUAUGACGGCCAAGGUGGCUAUGUAUUUACUAAACUAGACGCCCAAAAGCGUUUGGCACUUCAAGAAGAAAAGAACGCUAUCGAACAAAAGUUGAUAGAAGUACCCAAGAUGCAAAGCCGAUUACAAGAGCUACGAGAAAUGAAGGCUGCUGCUACCAAUGCUUAAACACUUCCAAUAUAGCAAUGACAAUACAUAUUUUAAUAUUAAUAAAGACAUAUAUCCAGGGCCCCCUUUUGCUUGCUUUUUACAUCAAUAUCGCG